UCUCUGCUAUUUAGGGAGAAAAGCAGACGUCAACAUAAAAAAUGGCUACCAACAUACAGGCCGACAAGAAAUGUACCUUUUGUUUAACUACCUUUAAACAAAAAUAUUAUCGCAGUUUAGAAUCUUUAACUAGCGUAAACCAAUAUAGUGUCGUUUUUAAUGAAUUAAGAAUAAAAAAUCAAGGAGCAGCAUGCGGUCUUUGUACAAACAAAUUGAAUCGAAUUGUAAAACUCAAUGCCUACGAAACAUCAAUUAUUUUCAAAAUCCAAAAAGAAAUGAAUGACUUGAUCAAAGUAUUGAGUGAAAUGCCAGGGUUGAAGGCAAUGCAUGCUGCAGAACAACAGCUUUCUCCAAGUUGCAGUACAAAUAAAAAGAGACCAUUGCCAAGACCCCCAACUGGAGCAACACCAAAAAGCAAAAGGCCAUUGUUCUUCACACCUUCAAAACGACCAUCUUCUUCUCCUGGGAAAACCUGCCCAAAACAGGAGAAACAAGUAGCCGAUCAAAGCACACAAACAGUACACACGCAGUGUGACUUUCAUGUUAAGGUGGAUGUGAAAUACAAAGGAAAGGAGCGAUCGAGAAUAAUUAAGGACAUAGUUCAACAGACAGCAUUCAGUAAUUAA